UCAGGGAGGAGGGAGAGGUUUGGCGGAGGAGCUCAAAGCGGGACCUGGUUUUACUUCAUCGUCUUCUACAUCUAGGAUAGCUCCCCUCAGCCUGGAUGCUGUAGCUCAGAGUCGGUGGAUCUGUGAUUUUUUUUGUUCUCGGCGGCUGCGCCUGAGGACGCUGCACAUCUGGCGUGCAGACAUGGGCCCCUCUAUCAGCUCCAGGAUGGCUUUAUGUCUGGCCCUCACCUUGGCUCAGGUGAUUGCUGUGACCUGCCAAGAAGAUACCAAAAACGACGUCUGCACAGACAAUGGAAACGUCUACUCCGACCUUGAAACGUGGAGUCCAGAGCCGUGUAAGCUGUGUUACUGCGAUAAGGGGACGGCGGUGUGUAAGGAUGUGGUGUGUGAUGACCUCGGGGACUGCGAGAACACGGUGGUACCAGAUGGCGAGUGUUGUCCUGUGUGCACGGCUGGUGCCCCCACGUCUCCUCCCAGCGUGGAACCAACGGGAGGUGCAGAUGAGAGGGGAGAGGAAAGCUGCACCGUCGACGGGGAAGUCUUCAGUCACAACGAUAUCUGGAAGCCGUCGCCCUGUCGCGUCUGCAUCUGUGACCACGGCGUCGCGAUCUGCGAUGAAAUCCAGUGUGAAGGGGUGAUGGGCUGCGAAAAGGUCGUCACGCCGGAGGGCGAGUGCUGCCCGGUGUGUGAGAACUUUGCCAGCGCUAGCAGGAGGAUCGAAUUAAUGGGUUUUAAGGGGCAAAAAGGAGAACCCGGUGAUAUCCCAUAUGUGGAGGGGAACCCCGGGUCUCCAGGACCUCAGGGUCCUCCGGGAUCUCAGGGACACCCCGGACCAAGAGGCUUCAAAGGCAGACGGGGAUUUCAAGGACCCCCUGGUUUUGAUGGUGAGCCCGGUGUGCCAGGAAAUCCGGGAAGACCAGGAUCCCCUGGUGAACAUGUGCCUCCUGGAGGUAACGUUGCGAUGCAGAUGGUGUCGGGCUUCAGUGAGAAGUCAGGUCCAAUUGGGAUGCUAACUGAUACAAGAGGUGAGGCGGGACCAAGAGGUCCUCCAGGUGAACCCGGUUCAUCUGGUCCAACUGGGGGUCAGGGAAUUCCUGGAGAAGCUGGCGAACCUGGACCAAUGGGGGAACCAGGCCAUCGAGGACCUGAUGGUGCACCAGGAAAACCUGGACGAGAUGGAGAGCCUGGACCUGAUGGUGCACCAGGAGAACCAGGAAAUCCCGGAUCCCAGGGUCCUAGAGGCUUCCCAGGACUUCCAGGCAACAGAGGUCUGAAAGGGCCUAAGGGAAAUGCUGGACCUCAAGGGCCAAAAGGUGAACUUGGAGUGGUGGGAUUGAAGGGCAAAUCUGGUGCCCCUGGGACAAUGGGAGCCCCUGGUCCACAGGGACCACCUGGGUUACAGGGAGAAAGAGGGAGAAUCGGACCAACUGGUCAUGUGGGUAAACAAGGAACACCAGGCGAUGUUGGCAAACCAGGCCCAAUGGGUCCAAUUGGAAUCCCAGGUCUGCCAGGAUAUCCCGGUAACCCCGGAAUGAAGGGUGAACCAGGACCUGCAGGAGUCAGAGGAAUUCUGGGACCACAGGGACCCAGGGGUGAUGCUGGACGGGUCGGACCAUCAGGACCAACGGGGCAGCGAGGGGCUGCCGGGGCUGAUGGAUCUCCAGGUCCACGUGGGUCAUCGGGUAUCGCAGGUGUCCAGGGUCCACCAGGAUUGGUGGGCGCUGCAGGGCUUCCUGGACCUCAAGGAUCCACUGGAGCACCAGGAGCAAAAGGACAAUUGGGUGAUGGGGGAGUUCCCGGAUUGAAGGGAGAACCAGGAAUGAAGGGAGAACGAGGGGAGCAUGGUACUCCUGGUCCAAUAGGUCUAAUGGGAGAAGAUGGAAAACGAGGUCCUAGAGGUGAUGCUGGAUCCAUUGGACCUCCAGGACCAGCUGGAGAAACUGGAGCACCUGGAAAUCGAGGCUUCCCCGGCUCCGAUGGUCUACCAGGCCAGAAGGGAGCCCCGGGUGAAAGAGGGCUGCCAGGAGUUGGUGGUGCCAAAGGCCUGUCUGGAGACCCGGGACGCAAUGGAGAGCCAGGUUUAACUGGAGCUCGGGGUCUGGCAGGCCCAAUUGGAGCUCAGGGAGCAGAGGGAGGACCAGGACAAAUGGGUUUGGCAGGAGAAGAUGGUAAACCAGGCCCGGCUGGAGCUGCUGGAAAUAGAGGUUCUGCUGGAACGAUGGGCCUGCCAGGACCAAAGGGCUUUGCAGGUGACGCCGGAAAGGCUGGAGAAGCUGGAAGUCCAGGACCUCCAGGUCAAAGGGGACCAAAUGGAAAAGAUGGAGAGGAAGGUGCCGCUGGUCCACCUGGUCCUGCUGGCCUUGCGGGAAAAAGAGGCGAACAAGGACCUCAAGGGAUCAGCGGUUUCCAGGGUUUGCCUGGACCACCAGGACCCCCUGGAGAGUCUGGAAAACCUGGUGAUCAGGGUCUUGCUGGAGAAGCUGGUGCUGUAGGGGCCACUGGUCCAAGAGGAGAAAGAGGACCAUCAGGGGAACGAGGUGAAACUGGACCUAAUGGACUGCAGGGACCCAAAGGGAGUCCAGGGGGACCAGGACCAGAUGGUCCAAAGGGUAACCCAGGUCCCAAGGGGGCUGAUGGAGAGCCAGGAGCACCGGGGCUUCAGGGGAUGUCAGGGGAAAGAGGGAUACCAGGAUCCUCAGGUCCAAAAGGAGAUGCGGGUUCUAUUGGAGAAAAGGGACCUGAAGGAAAAGCAGGCGCUGAUGGUCCAAGAGGUCUUCCUGGUUCUGUCGGUCCUAUUGGCCCUGGUGGACCAAACGGAGACAAGGGGGAAACAGGUCCACCGGGUCCUACAGGUCGUCGAGGCACAAGAGGAGUUCCUGGUUCUACUGGUGAACCGGGUCCAAUUGGCCCAGCUGGCUUCCCUGGACCUCCUGGUCCGGAUGGUCAACCUGGUGUGAAAGGUGAAACAGGAGAGCCUGGUCUAAAGGGAGAAGCAGGAGCACCUGGACCACAGGGGAUGGCUGGGAAACCAGGGACUCAGGGACCUGUUGGUGUGACGGGGCUAAAAGGGGGCAGAGGCACGCAGGGUCAAGCUGGAUCUCCUGGUUUCCCUGGGUUGCCUGGAGGAGUUGGGCCACCCGGUGCUCUUGGUGCUGCUGGUGCAGCAGGACCAAUCGGUGAACCAGGAAAAAGGGGUCCUUCAGGUGUUCGAGGAGAAAAUGGAGCUCCAGGACGUAAGGGAGAGAGUGGAACUCCAGGUUUACCGGGCAGCCCAGGAGAAAAAGCAGAGUCUGGAGAAGAUGGACCUCCGGGCCCUGAUGGGCCUCCAGGUCCCCCUGGUGCCACAGGUCAGCGAGGAGUUGUAGGUCAACCUGGACCCAGAGGGGAGAAAGGUCUAGUGGGACUGCCUGGUCCUGCUGGUCCUCCAGGAAAACCAGGAACUCCUGGGGCAUCAGGAGGUAAGGGCCCAGCUGGUGGAAUCGGCUUACCUGGAGCUAGUGGACCAAGAGGAGACGCUGGCUCUGAGGGUAUUGCUGGUGCAGAGGGACCCCCUGGUAAAGACGGUCUCGUAGGAGAAAGGGGACAAAGAGGGGAACCUGGCCCAGAGGGUCUUCCUGGUGGUCCAGGAUCUCCAGGUAACGAGGGACCAGUGGGAACUACCGGUGGUCCAGGUUCAAGAGGCGAAAAAGGUCCCAGAGGCCCUCCUGGAUCCCAGGGGCAACCAGGAGUGCGGGGCAAAGUGGGCCCUCAAGGACCACAGGGAGAGAAAGGAGGAGCGGGAGAGCAAGGAGAAAGAGGUCAGAAAGGACACAGAGGCUUCACUGGACUUCAAGGUCUGCCAGGAAUAACUGGAGCUACAGGAGACACAGGAGAAAAAGGAAUAGUCGGACCAGCUGGACUUAGGGGGCCCCCAGGAGUCACAGGUCCUCCAGGAAAUGAGGGCAUCAUUGGACAACCUGGACCGAUGGGUCCUCCAGGGAGCAGAGGAAGCAGCGGAGACCUCGGAGAACAGGGUCCAUCUGGUGAACCUGGACCUCCAGGCCCUCCCGGUCCUCCAGGACCACCUUCAGCAAACGUGAACGACCUCUUUAGUCACUCAGUCGACUACGAGGAGAACCUUGUUGAUCCAGAAUCAGACGGGAACGUAGAAUAUGAUCUGGCGGCUGAUCCUCCUGCGUCGCCAAAGUUCAACAGAGAUGAGGCUCUGCCCAACAAAAACCUGGCAGUUCUAAACGCAGACAUGGGCAUCAAGGUCACCUUGAAGGCUCUCAACGGAAACCUACAAGUCAUGCGCAGUCCAGACGGAAGCAAGGAGAACCCUGCCAAAACAUGCCGCGACAUCAAACAGUGCUACCCCGAGAAGAAAAGCGGGGAGUACUGGUUGGAUCCAAACCAAGGAAGCACGAAAGAUGCCAUCAAGGUUUUCUGCAACAUGGAAUCUGAUGAAACAUGCAUUUCCGCCAGUCAGGCCGUCAUUCCCGGGAAGGCCUGGUGGACAAAAUCCAGCCCGAGCCCCAACAAACCAGUCUGGUUCGGCGCAGACAUUAACGGCGGAACUAAAUUCCUCUACGGCAACAAAGAGGAGCGACAGAACGCAGUGACGGUGCAGCUGAAGCUGCUACAGCUCUUGUCCAGGGAGUCGCACCAGAACGUCACCUACCGUUGCAAGAACAGCGUCGCCGUCAAAGAUGAGAAAAGCAGCAACUUCAAGAAGGCUCUCGUCCUUAAAGGCUAUAACGGCCAAGAAAUUAAAGCGCACGGCAACAGCCGGCUGCGAUACACCGUCAUCGAGGAUGGUUGUUCGAAAUCAAAUGGACAAUGGGCCAAGACAGUGAUCGAAUACAGGACUCAAACUUCUACCAGGCUCCCCAUCGUGGACUUGGCCCCCAUGGACAUUGGACAAGCAGAUCAAGAGUUCGGCCUUGACAUCGGGCCGGUUUGCUUUUUAUAAAAUCUAAGAGUAAAGCUCGGAACAACCACACCAGAGUACACCCAUGCAGGAAUGGGCAACUGCAGGCGUCGAGGACUGCAUGUUUGCCAAUGAACCCCGCUCUGGCUGGAGUAUUGUAAUCGGCUGAAAACACCUGAAACAGGUCAUCAGUCAUGAGUAGAGGCUGGGUAUCUGGAAAUCAUUCAGACACAGCUGCCCUCAGGGCCUAGAGUUGCCCAUUUUUGAUGGACUUUAGUCAACCGGAGAAAAACCACAACCAUUUGUGUUCAAUGUUAUGUAUUAAAUAGAAGCUUGUUUUUUUACGUCGACGGAGCAAAAGAAGACAAAGAAGCGACCGUGGUUGUUAGUUUAUGAAAAACCAUCAAGCUUGAACCUAAAUUAUUAAUAAAAUAAAGACCUUGUAUCCUCUAACGCUUAAACUGUAAAUUAAAAACACGACUGUAAAUUGAAUGUUUGUUUGUUUGUUGUGGAAUAAACGUUUGUCUUGGGUACAAUUCCUUCUACAAACCA